AUGGCUGAUCAAACGCCAAUGGUGAAUGGCACUGACAUUUCACGGUCACCAUCCGCUCCAUUGUCAACGACCUAUUUAGCACCGUCAAACCAUCCGCUGGGAUUUCCUUGUACAAAAUGCAAGGCAAGACACAGGCGCUGUGACCGCACUAAACCAGUCUGCAACACAUGUGAGAGCGCGGGGUUUGCAACUGAAUGCUCAUAUCCUUCUGCAGAUUUACCAGUUGCCGAGAAUAGAAUCACCCAGAAGACUGGUGCUCCAUUCUCAGGGCCAAUGUGCAAUAAUGCCUCUGCUUUACCCUCAACGGGCGAUAAAAGACCAAGAGCUAUAGACGCCCCUGAACGAACUGAACUUGUCAAUGCUGUGGUUGGAUUACCCAUCCAAAAUGAUUCCAGCCACCAGCAGACGGAGAUACCCCAGCAGUCUCCUGCGAAGCGGCAGAAGAUAUCCGAACUUGGCUCUGGAAGUCCCGCUAGGCAACCUGCGCUAGCAAAAGGUCAGGUCAUACCAUUUGACACCGGUAUGCCCAGUGGAAGUAGGCCGAAUCCUCCACCCCGCAUGCGCAGUAUCUCUCCUACUCUGCGUGCAGAUGAAACGGAGCUCCGGUGCAACUUGACCACCGAAAUCAACGUUCAGAGAAUGAAGCAUCGCAAUCUUGCAGCAGAGCCUUUGCGCAACAUCAUAAAGCUACUAAAGAAAGCUAAGAUUGAACGCCCGAGCACUGAUCCUACGAUUUCUCGAUUGGGGGAUACUCAAUUUAAUGACGAGUGGCGCGAAGAAGAUGAUCUCAUGGAAGUUGCAUACAACAAGCUGGAAAAGGGUGGCCGAUGCUCUCGUGCUCUUCUCAGUCGCUUUGAGAACUUCUUGUACGGGCCAUUGAUGAGCCCUGAGGAGAAGAGGAUACAAGAGCAAAUCAUAUGCGUUGAAGAGUGUCUGUCAAGUACAUCGGCUGAACCAACAUCCAACCAUAACGAGCUGUUCCUCCAUCGCCUAAGCAAACUCACGUCUCAUCCUGAUGCUUAUGGCUUGGACAAGAAAGACUCACGCAUCGGAUUCCUCCGCAACCAUCUCCUUACAGCCAUAUCGACCAAAUCCAAGCUGAGUCGUGCGAACUGUAGGAAAUUCGCGGAGCUUUUAGACCCUGAAGGAGAUAUUGCCAAUGCCACCUUGGACAGUCCAGGUGUCAAAGCAGAACAUGCGACUCCAAAAAGGAAGGUGCCACCCAAGCCCACCUCUCCACGCGUGCCUUCCUCAUACACGCCAGCAUCACCAUCGCGACCAACUCGUAAACAAAACCCUCCCCUCCCUCUGUCUCCUUCACCAACCCAUCCCCCUCCUUUUCCAUCUCAUUCAUCUUUAUCCAUCCCACAUCUGGAAUCCGUCGAUCUGACUGACGACACCAUGAUUCCUGUGACAAGUUUGAAGCACAAGAUCAGGCGCAUUUCGGUUCCUCGCAGCCAGUUGUCGCAAUCCAACGACACCGCGGCGUCUCCUGCCACGCAGUCUGCGUCUAAGAAACGUCCUGCUUCUGACAGCCAGUCUAAGGACAUCACUGCCCCAUCUUCAAAAAGUGCUUCGUCUAACUCUAUCAAUGCCCUCGCCCCGAUUUCUAAGGGUGUUGCUUCUAGCAGCCAACCACUCGCCUCCGAAAUUCCCAAGAUGCUCUGGGACAUUUUCCUUCACAAAUAUGGUCAUUUACUGCCUGUUCUUGAUCUCGACCAACUGAAAGUAGCUUUCAACAUGGCUGUGAACCACGGCAAGCUGGCGCCCAAGGCCAUUGAUCCAAUCCUCGGGUUCUGUCUUGCAGUUGCCUGUCAUCUCACUCGUGAAAAGAGCCUCUGGGAAGGCCGCAAAUGGAACGACGCCGCUGUAUCCACACUGAGGGACGAAGGCAAUACCACCUCGCUUCAAUACUUCUACCGACGGAUUCUCCAAAUCGAGUAUGUCCACAUGGUUGGUCAUCUGGAAAAGGGCUGGGAGAUCCUAUCUUUGGCUAUCAGCAAAGCGGAAUCCCUUCAGAUGCACACGAUGCAUGGUGGAUGCCUCGCCGUUGACAAAGAAUCGCUGGGACAGGUCCGGGUGAUAUGGCAGUCCCUUUGGACGAAGAAACUAUUUCUCGCCCUCCAGCUUGGUGUUGUCAAUCAAUACCUCGACGUCUUUUACAUCUCACCAAUGCCGAUGCAGUCGCACAUUGAGACGACUAUCGGAUCAUCUGGCGGCAGCCAAUCAUUCGUGGCAUCCUAUUUCUUCAUUGCCUGUGCCUCACUUUUGAAGCACACCGAUGACCUGAUCACCGUUGAAAACAAUCUACGUGUGACGCGCAUGGAAUGCCCCAUCAAAUGGUUUUCCACCGUGGACCUAGGUCCAUUCCAGGAGCUGAAUGAAAGUUUGUCUAGCUGGUAUAAUGGUUUACCCAAAUGUCUGGAAUGGAAGGGAGCUGCCAUCGAGUUUACCACCCGGAAGGACGCCAGCAUCCACCGCAUGUCCCUCCUCGCCCAUCUACGCUAUUUCUACUUCCGACUUCGCCAGCACCGGCCUUUCUUGAUACUAGCCUUGCGAUUUUCCCAUGCGUGUGCCUGUGAAAAAAAUCCUCAUCUGACCGGCAAGGAGUUGGACUCGGUGAACUCGUCUGUUCUUCUCGCCCUGGUGUACCAUGGGGCAAUCAAAUGUCUCGUCGCCGCUCAGGACAUUGUCCAGACGCUUUAUGCUUCUUUCAAGAAGUACGACGAUGACAAUGGCAAGUGCGAACAGCUAGAAUAUCUCUAUGCUGCUAGUCUUGUCCUGAUUGCGACUAUGAGUGUUCCCUGCCUUAUGGAUGGAACUAAGCAAUGCGCAUCUCCAACAGCCCCAAUGGACAGAUCGAUGAGCACUAUGGCUCAGGACAUCCGGAAGGUUGAGAAUCUGCUACACCAGUACGAAGGGAAAUGCGAACAGGCCCCCCGCCUGAAGCAACGCCUCGAGCGCUCCCGCAACUUUCUUAGUCUAGUGCGCCUGAAAUCUGUGUCUGUGGACACUAUUCUUUGUGAUUGUGAUAUCGCGCUCCCGCGCAAUGUCUGGGGCCGAAUCUAUGAUCGAUUGGGAAUUGAUAUUCCCUUUGAGAGGUUCGUUAAUGGGCGGCUAGCCAGUGAUAAGAUAACUGGCCGUAGAAUGACCUUUGGCUGGCUUGAAAGCCUACCUUUCGACAUGGAUAGCCAGGAUGUGUAA